UAGUAUGUUUAAUAAAAUACAUUUAUUACUUCACACCUGUCUCCAAUAAGUCAAAAAAGAUUUGAAUGCGUUUCAAUGGAGAAUCCGCCUUUCUAGGCCACUCAGCGCCCCCUGCAGUAACAAACUGGUUUUUCCCCACAGGAAACAGUUAUUAGAACCGGUAGUCGCCCAAUGAGUGAGUACUACAAACGUGACGCAUGACAGCGAAUCUUUGAACUAUAAAAACCAUUUGAAAGUUUGUCGCUACGUAAACCGGACGCGUUUUUCUUGUACGUGAAUGCAGUUAAAGGAGAACGUUGUGUGACGCUUGAAUGAGAGUUACUGCUGUUGUUGUUGUGGCUGCAGCGCUUUAUUCGCGUAUUGUCUCAAUAGAGCAUCAGUGUUAGCGCCUUCAGCAGCUUCACAGUGAUUUGAUUCAUCAGAAUGGUCGUGUUGAAGAGUUUACAUCCACCCAGCGAGGGCGUGAGGCUCCAGCAGGCCGAGACCACUGCAGUUCUGGACGGGAAGAGACUGGGAGCAGGAACUCUGUUUGUGGCUGAAGCGCAUCUGUCCUGGUUUGAUGGUUCAGGCAUGGGUUUCUGUCUUGAAUAUCCUUCCAUCAGUCUUCACGCCAUCUCGCGAGAUCUCAGCUCCUUUCCAGAAGAGCACCUGUAUGUGAUGGUCAAUGCAAAACUGGACGAUGAAGCUGAAGCAGAGCAGCAGGAUAAAGCUUCGGAUGAUGCAGGAGAGGAUGAUGAGGAGAGCGACAGCGACAGCGACAGUGAAGACUCGGGAACCAUCACAGAGAUCCGCUUUGUGCCCAGUGAUAAAGCCGCACUGGAGCCCAUGUUCUCCGCCAUGUGUGACUGUCAGGCCCUGCACCCCGACCCCGAGGACGCCGACACAGAUGAUGACGACUAUGAGGGAGAGGAGUAUGAUGUCGAGGAGGCUGAGCAAGAGCAGUGUCAGGGCGACAUCCCCACGUUUUACACGUAUGAGGAGGGUUUGUCUCACCUGACGACCGAGGGUCAGGCCACACUGGACAGGCUGGAGGGGAUGCUGGCUCAGUCUGUCGCACAACAGUACCACAUGGCAGGAGUCAGAACCGACGUGCCAUCGGCCGAAUUUGAAGAUGGAAUGGAAGUCGACUCGAGCACAGUCGUUGGACAGUUUGACGACGCCGAUGUGGAUCACUGAUGAACUGCGUUUCUUUAUGGCUGAUUGAAGCACUUCUGUGGGGCAUGCUGGGAUACCGGCUAACUCUCAACGCUCUUAUAGUAUUUCUAUCUCUCCCUGUUUGAGUUUAAUGGGCUGUUUUACACCACGGCUGUAAAUUUCUUCAAGCCACAGCCUUGUGUAGCUCCCACUAAUCUAUUUUGUAGUUUUCCCUGAAGACCAAGUUCCAGGCUGAUCCUCCUCACUGGAGUGAUGUUGAUGACUUUGUUAGAGAUUUCAAUAAAUACAGCUGUUUUUGUACCAAAGCCUCUUUUUUUCCCAUAUUUGAUGUUUUGUUUGUUUCUGAAAUAUCAGGCAGUUGUUUUGAUAACCUGUUUGGUAAUGUGUUGAAGUGUGCUAAAAAUACUCAUUCUCAGUCAGUACAAGUCAGAUGUUUAUGAGACAUCCGUAUCUAAUCAUUUCCUGUGUAUUUCCUCACAGAAGAUGAAAUAUUUUAGAGGUGAAUUCAUCCAGCAGUCCUAUGGGUGAAUCUCACGAAACCUGUAAAGAAAUGUGACCUAAAAUCAAAGAAAGAUAUGAGAAAUAAUAUUCGGUUUGAGGAUAAUCAAACUUUUGAGGCUAUUAAGAUCCUUU